AUGGAAUUCAAAAAUGGAGACAAUGUUUCUUCCAAUUUGCUUAAUGCUCAAAGCCACAUAUGGAAUCACAUUUUUAACUUCAUCAAUUCCAUGUCACUUAAAUGUGUUGUUGAUUUAGGCAUACCAGAUAUCAUUAACAACUAUGGCAAACCCAUGUCACUCUCAAAACUCAUUUCUUCACUACCAAUCCAUCCUUCGAAAAAACCUUGCAUUUAUCGCUUGAUGCGAAUCAUGACUCAUUCUGGUUUUUUCUCUCAACAAAAUGUUACAGAGAAUGAAUUAGAAAUUGAGUAUACGUUAACGGAUGCAUCUAGGUUAUUACUUAAGAACAAUCCAAAGAGUGUGGCACCAUUUGUCCAGGCAAUGCUCAGCCCGAUUAUGACAAAUCCAUGGCAGCAAAUGUCUACUUGGUUGAAAAAUGAGGAAUCUACCGCAUUUGAAACGAUACAUGGGGAGUAUUUUUGGGAAUAUGCAGCUCAUGACCCAAUACUUAAUCGUUUAUUCAACGAAUCCAUGGCAUGUGAUGCUCCAUUAGUGAGUGAUCUGUUAAUUGAAAAGGGUAAGGGUGUGUUCGAUGGAUUGGAGUCAUUGGUUGAUGUUGGAGGAGGCACAGGGAACUUGGGAAAGGCUCUUGCCAAAUCAUUCCCACAAUUGGAAUACACUGUGUUUGAUCUCCCACAUGUUGUUGAUGGCUUACAAGGAACUGAUAACCUAAGCUAUGUUGGUGGAGAUAUGUUUCAAGAAAUUCCUCAAGCACAUGCCAUUUUAUUAAAGUGGAUCUUGCAUGACUGGAAUGACAAGGAAUGUGUGAGUAUUUUGAAGAAAUGUAAGGAAUCAUUGGAGAAGAAAGGUAAAGAAGGAAAGGUUAUUAUCAUAGAUAUGGUGGUGGACAAUCAACACACUAAUGAAAAAUUUGAAACACAACUCUUCUUUGAUAUGUUGAUGAUGGUAAUGCAAACUGGAAAAGAGAGAACUGAGAAAGAAUGGGUUAAGUUGAUUUUAUCGGCUGGUUUCAGUGACUAUAAAAUAACCCCAAUUUUAGGUUUAAGGUCCAUGAUUGAGAUCUAUCCUUAA